UUGUCUUAAUUGGAAGGCAUUUUUGUUUUGGCAGUUGCCCAAUACCAAUUAGAUUUUUGUAACUUGUCUUUACCUUCAAGUCCCUUAUGUCUUCUGAACUUGAACCUGUCCAUUAGCAUCUUUUUCUAUUAUUGUAAUUAAAACAUACACAAAUAAACCACAACUACCGGCACCGGGCCGUACAACAUUCAUUUGAAUACGAAAACAUCGAAAGAGUCGAGAAGAAAACAUCAAAAUGGAGAGAAUCGAAGUAAGAGCUGUAACCAAGUACCUCUGUUUGAAAAAAAUGUCCCCCAAAGACAUACACAGCGAUUUAGUGGACACAUUGGGGAACUAUGCUCCUCCAUAUGCCAUAAUUGAGCGCUGGAUAAAGGAGUUUCAGCCGGGUAAAGUAUCCAAAGAAAAUGAACAUCGUGAGGGGCGCCAAUUGAACUCAAACUCCCUCUCUGAAGAUAUCGUGAAAAAAGUCGAAGAUUUCGUGUUGGCAGAUCGAAGAGUAACCAUUAGACAUGUAGCUGAGAUUACAGGCAUCUCAUAUGGAAGUGUUCAGAGAAUUUUGGCGAACGAAUUGCAUCUGAAAAAAGUAACUGCGCGUUGGGUGCCGAGAAUGUUAAACGAUGAACAAAAGAAAAAACGAAUCGAAAUUUCGCGGGCGAAUCUCGAAAUGUUCCAAAAGGAUCAGGAAAAGUUUUUGUUUCGUUUCGUGACCAUGGACGAGAUCUGGAUCCACCACUUUCAUGUGGAAACCAAUCAGCAGACAAUGGCUUGGAAACGAGACUCUUCCCCCACGGCGAAGAAAUGCAAGGUGUCAAGUUCGGAAGGAAAGGUUAUGGCGUCGGUGUUUUGGGACGCUGAAGGUGUUAUUAUGAUAGAAUACUUAGAAAAAGGAGACACUAUUACGAGCUCUUACUAUGCGGACCAAAUAAGAAGGUUGGAGGAGGCUAUCGAUGAAAAAAGAGGAGGCAAACUAAAAGCCGGAGUAUUGUUCCAUCAAGAUAAUGCAUCGCCUCACAAAGCCGCUGCCGACGCGAUAGAAGCCAUUCAAGAAAUGGAAUUCGAAUUGCUUGAACACCCACCCCAUUCGCCAGACCUAUCUCCCAGUGACUACUAUCUCUUCCGACGGGUCAAGGAACACCUCCGAGGCAAGCGAUUUGACGAUGAUAGCGAGGUGAUGACUACUAUUGAGGCGUUUUUGGAGGGUCAAAGCAAAGAUUUUUUCUCCAAAGGAAUUAUGGGCUUAGAAAAGAGAUGGGAUAAAUGUAUUGAAGUGCUCGGAGACUAUGUAGAGUAAUAAAUUACUUUUUUGUAACUAAAACUA